UCCCUCAACUCAUCGUGUGUUCGAUGCCAUGAACGUAAGCGGGAGAGAGAGAGGUGGUGCGGUGUUGCGUGACUGCGAGAUCUGCUUGAGUUUCCGAGCGUGUGUGUUUGUUGUGUUGUACGAUUAAAAGAGAGAAAAAAGAAAUUUAUAAAUAACGACCAUAAACAAAAAACCAAAACAUCGCCCCCAUCCCCAAGCGCGCCCCCAAAAAAUCCCAAUCCCAAAAGCCGAGAAUAAUAACAAUAAAAAGGAGAAGAAAAAAAAAAGAAGUCGCCCCCCCCUCUCCCAAUUUUUUUUUUCAUGUUUCAAGUACCAAAAUUUGUGGAAUAUACAAUCGCAGUAAAUGAAAUUCACAUCGUUACCCUAUCAAACAUCAAAAUUACGUGUACGUGUCAACGACUAAACAUUGAGACAUAAAUUUUUUUAUAUAUGAAAUGCAUAUAUAAAUAACCAACUUGUGAGAGAGAUAGCGUUAAUCCAUUGAGUGAGUGAAACGAGUAUUUGUGUGUUGGGGGGGGGGACAAGAUUGUCCAGUUAAAAUCCCAACCCGACAACUGGCAAAUUGUGGUUAUUUAUAACGGUGGCUGAUAAAUAAAUAAUAAUAUUUGGAUAAAGUGGUACUGUGACAGACAGAAAUAUGUCAUCGUACAUUCAGGUUGCUGAGGACGAGGGUGAGGAGCCCAUAGAAUUACCAACUGAGGACGACAGUACCCUACUGUUGACUACAUUGGCUGCCCAAUUUCCCGGUACCUGUGGACUCAAAUAUCGCAAUCCCGAGUCUAGAAGUAUGAGGGGAGUAAGACUUGUCGAUGGAAGACUUCAUCCGCCCGAGAGUGGCUGGGGAAAAGCCGUCUAUUUCUGCGUUUUUCCAAAAGAAAAUAAACGCAAGUCAGAUGACAAUCUGGAGAAUUCCACAGCCAAGACUAAGAGAAUGGAGACAAAGCUACGAUGCACUGAUUUAAUUGUCCUUGGAUUACCCUGGAAAACAACCGAGCAAAAUCUGCGGGAGUAUUUCGAGACUUUUGGGGAGGUUCUCAUGGCCCAGGUCAAGAAGGACGCGAAAUCUGGCCAGAGUAAAGGCUUUGGCUUCAUAAGAUUUGGCAGUUACGAGUCCCAACUGAGGUGUCUUGCCCAACGACACAUGAUCGAUGGAAGAUGGUGUGACGUCAAGGUUCCCAACAGCAAGAACAUUGACGGGAUAAUGAUGGCACGUCAGUAUGAUACCGGUAAGCACAGCGAGUGUUAUCGUCCAAUACCAGUGCAUACCCCAGGUAGUCGUCGUUUAUCAGUGGCAAAGCCCUACAUGACAACAACCGCGGAGAGUACAUCAUCACCGCGCUACGACCAAGAUUACGAUUACAAAACAACCCAUUACCCGUCCUACCCCCCGAACUACCCAUACGACGAGACAAACAAGUACAAUCAGCAGACUGUCCAGCAACAACAGCAACAGCAGCAGCAGCAACAACAGCAGCAACAGCAGCAACAGCAGCAGCAGCCACUGGCCCAGAGUUACGGUUACGACAAGCCACAGUAUCCAGUCUACGACGACAAUAAUUACGAAUCCCGAGGUUACAUGGCGUCCCACCAAACAGCGCCAACAUCAGCCCCAGGAGUUAAUUAUCAGGAGGCAGAUUAUCAGCGUUACAAUUACGAUAGUAAUCGUCCUUAUUUGGGAUCGGAUGGUAGUGAAUAUGACAAGGGGAGGUAUGGGUAUCAGUACGAGAGAAGUUACUACGACGCCGAGGGCCGUUACAUCGAUGGUAGACACGAUCCAAGGUACACCGAUACCCGUCACCAGGACGUCAGGGACAAUCGCGAUGAUAAUCGUUACGACAACAGGGAUGACAGGCGUUAUCAAGAGGGUAGAGAGGAUGAAGUGAGGUACGAGGGACGUGACGAGCGUUACCUGGAGCGCACGGAUGGACGAUACGACAACAGAUAUCCCAAAGAGAAUUACUACGAUCGCUAUUACAAGCACCGACCCGCGAGAGAUCCUGCUGAGACAGCGAGAUAUUGAUAAAGGGGUUGUCUCCUAGUUAUUUAGGGGAGAUUUAAAAUUUUCAUGGAAUAUUCACCACUCAAGUUAUUGGCAAUGCCGAAAUUCAACGUUUCCAUCAAUUAUCCAUUUAUCUUGAAGGCUAUUGAAUUGAAGAGAAAAUAAAAGAGAACAGUUUUUGUAGCUCAUUAAAUUCUCGAUGAAUAAGGUCUGUUCAGAUUUUUUGGUGGAGUCAAUGGUUUUUGAGCUGGAUGGGUUUUUAGGGGAAUGGAAAUUUGAGUUGUCGCGGUUUACCUUUGCCUGGUAAAUAUAGUUUUAGUUUAAGUUUUUUUUUUUCUUUUUGAAUGAAAACUCGGAACCGAGGGGAGUUGGCAGUUAUUUUGAUGAGAACUUUUUGAUUGAAAAUUUCGUCGGCUACAAUAAAGGUUCAGACCAUAUUCUCGCCAUUUCCUUUGGGUUCGGAGAUAUUUAGAAAAGUUUCAUCAGUUGUUUUCUUUUAGUUAGGAAGUCCUACUGAAAAUUGAGAUAAUUGUGGACGUUUGCUCUUUACUAUCCAUCAGCAUCGCCAAUAACUAGUGUUUUACGAUGUUAAUUGUAAGUGAAAUGAUUACAUAUAAUUAGGAAUGGAUAGUUAUAGAAUGAUUUUAAUUAUUGGGUAUAGCUUCCUUGUACCAUAGAUUGAUUAUCAUUUUGAGUGGAAUAUUCACGAGGUAACACUUCAUUUAUUGUUGAUUCUGAGAUAAUUGUAAGAAUUUAUAGAUAGAUAAUACAUAACUGUAUAAUAGAAAGAACGAUGAACAUUGUUUACUACUUGAGGGUUUCCAACCGAAUUAGGACCAAUUGUGUUGUAUCUAUUGUAUAUAUUUUACAUAUUUGAAGGAUUGAGUUUGAUAUGAUGAAAAUAUGGGCAUAUUUGGAAAGGUAAUUUUGAUACUUGUUGGGAGGACGUCAAAACCUCAUCGCAAGUAGUUUUUCUAAUUUUUUACAAUUCGAAGAUGAACAUCUAAAAAAUAUUCCCAUCGUCCAGCACUAGUUGCCUGCAAAUUCCACCAAAAGAAAAAUUGUAUUCCAUCCACUGAAUCGAAAUAACACCCAAAUAUUUCGUAUCCAAAGAAAACCAUUAAUCCAUUACUCCAAUUGAGAUAAACCCCCAAUUCCUCAGAACCUAUCACUCACAUUCACCACUAACCCACCAUUUUGUGGAGGCCGCCAUUUCGUGUAAAUAUGCGCGAGCACCCAGCGAUUUCCAAACCUUUAUCACCCUCA